GCUAGCUUCUAUCACUAGAAUUCUGACAGCGGCCGCUAGCAAUUUAAUUCAACUCACUCAGGUUGUUCUUCAGCAUCCGUGUUCCUCCUCUGCCAGGCACUUGAAAGCCCGGGGAGAGACCUGCUAAUUGCUAAUUGAACCUCACUGCACAACUAACAAUGCCGUCGCUGUCGCACUUCUUGGGGCACUUUUUCCCCCCCAAGCCCACCUUCACCGAGGCAAGCCUGCCCGCCGACCUCUCCGGCAAGGUGUAUAUCGUCACAGGUGCCAACAGUGGCAUCGGAAAGGACAUUGCCCGCAUUCUGCAUGCUAAGAACGCAAAGGUCUACAUCCUAUGUCGUUCAGAGGACAAGGCGCGCGAGGCCAUCCAGGACAUUGAGAAGGCCAACCCAAGCUCAAAGGGCGCUCUGGUCUUCAUCGCCUGUGACCUCGCCGACUUGCCAAAUACCAAGGCCGCCGCCGAGGCAUUUCUGGCCCAAGAGCAGCGCCUAGACGUGCUCUUCAACAAUGCAGGCGUCAUGGUUGGCCCGAGUGAGGCUGGCAAGCCCAUUCCCAGAACGGCGCAGGGCUUCGAGCUCUGCUUGGGCGUCAACUGCGUCGCCACUCACCUGCUGACCAAGAUGCUCACGCCGACUCUCAUCGCCACCGAGGGCCUGACGCGCAUCGUCUGGUAUAGCUCUUUCGGCAUGGAGAUGGGCGCGCACAAGGACGUGGGCGUCUCUCUCGAUAACCUCGACUACCACAAGCCAGAGAAAGAGACCCAGCGCUACAUCCUCAGCAAGACGGGCGCCUGGGCCUUGGGCAUCGAGCACAACCGCCACUACAAGGCCCAAGGCGUCGCCAGCGUGCCCAUCGACCCCGGCAACGUCAUCUCUGGCCUACCACGAGACCAAGCCCUGCAGCUGCGCAUCGUAGCCAAGAUUGUGUGUUACCCGACCGUGUACGGCGCUUACACGGCUCUCUACGCCGGUUUUUCACCGGACGUCGUUUCCGACCAGGCGGACUGGACCAAGGAGUGGGUUGCUCCGUUUGGACGCAUGUUUCCUCUCCGGCCCGACUUGACAAACGCCACGUUGUUGGAGAAAGAUGGCGGAAACGGGGGCACAGCCAAAUUUUGGGAUUGGUGCGAGGAGCAGAUCAAGGAGUAUGUUUAAUGGAGCAAUGCCAACGGUAGGGGCCAGCCUCAUUGGGUUGUGGUGACGUGUUCUGAGCAUACAGCCAGCCCACGACACGGCUGAGCUGGUUACAGAAUAGUUUACGCCUUUUCAUGCCAGAUAUCGGGAUUUCUUCCUCUUUAGGCAACAGUAUGAAUGAUACCAAAACGUAUUCUUAGGAGCUCAUUAACGGGGGUGAGCCAGCCGUUUUGGAUGCCCAAGGCUGUAAACGAGAGUACAUCAUCCGUAGGCUAAAAUACGUGUAAAAUGAAGUAGGC